AUGUACGACGGCUGGAGCAAAAUUAUCACACCACCACCACGGAGUCCAGCACCCUCGACGGCAGGACCUUCAGUCAGCCACGUGGGAGCAGGAGUCCGAGCGACCACCGCGAUAGACGAGCACGCGACAGAGCGGGGAAGUGGCUUCAUCUUCGCAGUUGCGAAGGACUGGAAGCCAAAGGUGCCGGAGAGAAGGAUCUACAGCAUGAUGGGGAACGGCGCGCGGCGUUCGUUCUGGAUGCUGACGGGCAACUGCGCACAUGAGCACGCGCGCGGCAUCAGGGGCUUCCCGAACGUGGAGCUCAGACCAGGACGCAACCCCAACCUGGCGGUCGCAGACGGCGCGCCGCUGGGGUACUACGCAUCGAAGACGAUGACACUCUACAUAGCAGGCGACAGUAUGGAGUUCCAGGUCACUGACGUGAAGCAGCUCACCAGGAGCGCGGGCAAGUUCUGCAGCAGGGCGGAGAAUAGCGUGGCGCGGCACGACGGCAAAGGAGGGCUGCCGAGGCGCGAGACGGCAGGAUUGGUCAAGCUUAAGACUAUCAACCACUACGCAUUAGAGCGCUGGACCAAUAUGUUCGACGACAUGGAGGAGCAGUCGCAGCAGCGCGACCAGGUGAAGAGGGCGAAGACGGAGGCGCAGUCCAGCGAGCAUCGGCAGGAGGGCCUUGAGUUCGACCGCCAGGAGAGCGGCAGCAACCACGGGUCGUAUCUCGAGGAGCUGCAGAUGCACUGGCGGAUGCGCCGCCAGAAGGGCCAGUGGCAGUUGCCGACGAUCGCGAGACGGUAG